AUGGCCGGACCGAUCCAGCUCGGAGACGUGGUGAAGCUGGCCGAGUUUGCAUGGACCGUUUACGACUACGGUUGGAGUCCCGAGCACAAUGCCGGCGAGAAUUACAGCGCAUUCGGGGCGGAUGUCUAUACCCUUCACGCGAGCCUCCGACAACUUGAUGAAGCGAUCAUGAGAGCACUGCAGUCACCAGUGGCACACGGCGCGACCGGGAACGGUACGACGAUCGGCGACAGAAGAUCUCUCAACGAAAUCAUUGGGGACUACAGCGACACGCUGCGCGCUUGCAUGGAGUUCCUCGUCGAGAACUCUCGCUAUGCCCAGACAACGGGACCGCUGACCAACAUCCACUGGAACCUCAACGCCGUGCCGCGUGUCAACCACCUGCGCAGUCGCAUCCAAAUGCACAACAUGCGGAUUGAACAUGUCCUAAGGCCUUUUCAGAUUGAUCUCAUCACCAACCUGCACAGGCAUCUGGAUCAGAGGUUGACAAGCAUCGACUCGAAUAUUCUAUCAAUCGACAGACAUCUCCAAAGCCUCAUUGAGCAGAAAUUUCCCGAAGUUGCCUCCGACAUACGACGACGCGCCGAGAAAGAAACAAACCCGAUUAUCAUACCAAGUCGGCUCGCACGUACGCUUGACACCAUGCUUCAACAUCAUCAGAUGGGGAGACCGCCGACUCUCUCCGAACUUGUGGACUGCUUUCUCAAGCAUUUCAAGAAAACGCUUGCUCAUCUUUCACCCACGUCUUCGGUCCGGCUCGUCAAGUGCCAGUACUUGAUUAACCUCAUGAAGGAGUUGGACGAAAUGAAGAGUGCGUCGCGGCUGUCUCAUUGGCCUGGCUAUAUCAGGGCGCUCGAGGCGGACCUAUCGCACGAAUGUCUACAGUUCAAGGACGAGCUGCAAUCUCCUAGUGUGUUCGACCUGGAUGAUGACGCUUUUGUCAUAUGGCCGACGGACAGUGUUCUCGGACCUGCUCCGCCUCCAGUAGCCACGACAGACUAUGAGCUUCUGAUCAAAAUAUCAGUUGUGGCCGACGCAAAGGUGGGAGGUUGCAGUACUCUCGCCCUGCACAAGCAUUUGAAACUCGGGCAUAGAUUUCGCAUCAUCGAGGAAUGUAGCCCUUCUGUACAUUCGAGCAACGCGAACAUUCCUCGUCUCGUCGACCUUGAUAUUCGCACCGCUGUUCUCAUUCCCAUCUAUGCCGACCCUGUCCCCAACGGUGCCCAUCGCCCACCACUAGCCCUCGUGCUCGAGAACGGCUACGGGUCUUACCGGUAUACAUUUCUCGACUUGGGGAGCCUCCUUUUGUUUCAACAGUAUCUCACAGGAUACGAGGUUGCCAGCACCUGUAUGGAGGCCCGAGCGGCGUUCGUAAGGGGAGGGAACAAGAAAACCAUUGAAAAUGUCACAGUGCAGAUCUGGAUACCAUUCAACAGCCAGCGGCAGCCACAACCAGAGCCGCAGGGCUUCAGACGUAGGACUAGCUCUACCUCCACAGGGUGGGCACCAUCUAUCUCUUCCGUCAGCAGUGGAGGUAGCUCUGGCUCGGACGACACCGUGGCGGUCCGGCUGGACAACAAAGCUGCCAACACAGGCUUAGGCUAUGGCAUUAUGCGCCGGCUUCCCAGUCCACCGCUCCUUGUCCUGUUCACUCGGUCCGAUGAUGCCAAGAGCCGAUCCAUUGUGACCAUUAUACUCCACGACGAUACCGACGUGAAUCCAGACAGAUGCCAGUGCCGAGAGAAUCCUGACUGCCGGAUCAGCAGCCUGGAGCAAAGGAGGGGUUUGUUGAAACUUGGUGUACUCGACGCACACAAGCUUGGAAGCGGGUCCGCAUGGAGCGUACUGUCACUGCCACGCGCAAUGCCCCGGUGGGAGGACCUGCUCCGCAUCAGUAUCAUCUUCCCCGACUUGGGAGCCCGGCACAGAAUGAUGGGCUGUCUGUGCAAUUGUAGCCUCCGCACGGAGGUGGACGUCAACGAAUGUAUCGGCAGGAAACACCAGGGGCUGCUGGGGAUCGUCAAGGUCCUGUACAGGAGAUCCAUGGUGGAGUACCGACGUCACGGCGAUUGUCAAGAGCAUCUGCGCAGAUGA